AUGGCGGGCACAGCAACCAGAGGACAUCAUGGCAAUUCAGUUCGGUCGAUAACAAUUGCAUUUGCCAUCAGUCUGGCAGGGUUCCUAUACGGACUCGACACGGGCAUCAUCGCCACAACCAUCGCCCAGUCCAGCUUCAAGACUUACAUGUACGGCCCUGACGGCGUAGAUUCCUCCCUCAAUGGCGGCAUCGUCUCUGGAUACUACGCCGGCAGUUGCCUCGGUAGCGCAGCCGCUUCAUGGACCAUGGACGGCAUGAGUCGACGCUGGAGCCUGCUCUUCGGUUCCACCGUGAGCGUCAUCGGGGCUGCCAUACAAGCCGGAGCCAUGAACCCGGCCAUGAUGAUCGUAGGUCGUGCCUUCUCUGGCUUCUCAACCGGCAUGGUCUACGCUGUGGCGCCUGUGUACCUCUCCGAGAUGUCGCCGCCUGAGAACCGAGCCUUCCUCGUUGGCAUCAAGGGUCUCAUGAAUACUUUGGGUGCCCUGUUGGCCAACUGGAUCGGCUACGCUGGUAGCUUCGGUGCCGGAAACAUUCAGUGGCGUGUUCCUCUCGCCAUGCAGGCUCCACCGGCCAUGCUCCUCAUGGCAUUGACAUUCGUCCUGCCAUACUCACCACGAUGGCUCAUCCAGCGCGAGCGACACGAAGACGCCAUGAAAGUCCUCCGCUACCUCCACGCCCACCGCGGCGAAGAGUGGAUCACAUCCGAAUACACCAAAAUGCAGAGCCAGAUCACGUUCGAGUCGGAGAUGCGCCGCCAGAGCAGCUACCGCGAGCUCUUCACCCGGCGCUACAUCCGCCGCACGCUGCUCGGCUGCCUGAUCGUCAACAUGACGAAGCUGUCCGGCUCGAACAUCAUCCAGGCAUACCAGACGGUCAUGUACAACGCGCUCGGCUUCGAGGGCCGGACGGUUCUCCUCAUCGCCGGCUGCUAUGGCUUCAUGGCCGUCAUCGCGCAGAUCCUCAGCCUCUUCACGCUGUCCGACUUCUGGCCGCGGAAGCGGACGGUCGUCAUCGGCCACAUCGUCCUCGCUACAUGCCUCAGCAUCCUCACCGCCCUCAGCCGCUUCUACCCGGACGACCACAACCUGUCCGGCUCCCGCGCCGGCGUGGCCUUCAUCUUCCUCUUCGCCUUCCUGUACUCGUACUUCUUCAACACCGUCGUCUGGGUGCUCGUCGCCGAGAUCUUCCCGCUGCAUCUGCGCGCCCGGGGCAACGGUUUCGCCGUCUUCAGCCAGGCUGUCACUGCCAUUUGGCUGAGCUAUGUUGCUAGCAUCGCGUUUGAUCAGAUCGCGUGGAAGUUUUACUUCGUUUUCAUUGGGUGCAAUCUUUUUGCCGCGACUAUGUAUUUCCUGUACUUGCCGGAGACGAACCAGAUGACGCUGGAGCAGGUGGCGGCCGCGUUUGGGGACGAGAUUGCUGUCGAGAGUAAGGAUGCUAAGGGCUCUGUUUCGCACAUUGAGGUCGUGGCGGGAGGGAAGGAUGGUGCUACCAGGGCUUGA